AUGCUUCUAUCCAUCCACCUACCUUCCUACCUACCCACCAACCAACCAACCAACCAACCAACCAACCAACCUACCUACCUACCUACCUACCUACCUACCUACCUACCUACCUACCUACCUACCUACCUAUCCUUCUAUCCAUCCAUCCACCUACCUCCCUACCUACCCAUCCUUUUAUCCAUCCACCUACCUACCUACAUACCUACCCAUCCUUCUAUCCAUCCAUCCACCUACCUACCUACCUACCUACCUACCUACCUACCUACCUACCUACCUCCCUCCCUACCUCCCUACCUACCUAUCCUUCUAUCCAUCCAUCCACCUACCUAG